GUACAUUCGCAACCAGAACCACUACUAUUAGUGAAUUAUUGAUUGAUUGGCUUAAUUACUGAGGGCCUAUCUGACAGAUUGUAGUAAGUAAUGUCUCGGUAUGGCCAAGCGACUAGGCAGCCAUUGACAGUAGCUAAGUGUAAGCGAAUAGUGCGGCCAUUGCUAUCUAAGAUCCAUUCUUUGAACGAUCUCUACAUUAAGUAUCCUGGUCUACUCGAUUUACACUUGCCCAAUACUGAUGCCCAUGUUCACAAGAAUACUUCCAAACGAAAGAAUUCAGAUAGAGAAAGUUCAGAGAGACAGGGCAGGUAUUAUAGUGACUCCGAGUUUUCAGAUACUGAGGGAAUUCAGACUAUGUUUACUAACCAAAACGCGUCACAGUCCAAUGACUUUAUUCAGGAAUUAGUCAAGCCCAAGGAUUCAUUUGAUCGUCUAAGAUCUUUGAAGCUGUUAGUGGAACCAGAGUUGUUUGACUCAUACUGUGAAAUCUUUCAGAUAUUUCGAAAUAUCGUGCUGUCUGUAUUGUUGACUUGUAAAUCUCCAAUGGAGGAUACUGUACCUCGAUUAUCUACUGGCUGCUGUGUUCUUCUAGGAAAAUCUAUAGCGUUAUCUACCAAAUCUUCAUAUUACAAAGUCAACCAAUCCCGACUAUUUGAUGCUAAUACUGUACCACAAGAUAUAAGAGCUUAUCAACAAGAGUUAUUUGAUGAUAUAGAUAAUUGGUUGGAUAUGGAACCAAAAGUGAUCUUCGGUAAGUAUACGAAUGAAUUAUUUAUGGGAUACAUUGCAUACUUAUUAUUGGUUCAUCGACGAGUUCUUUAUUUGCUAAUCCCCAUAUUUCUUAAUUGGUUAGUCGAAGAGCUGAUUAACCAUCCCGAAAGUAAACCAAUACUAUCUACUAUCACAAAUCGUAUCUUCCAAGAAUAUUGGACCUUUGGUAGUGGUUUCGAUACUUCGGAAAGGAAUUUGGUUACUUCUUUGAAUGGGGUGAUCAUAGGUGAUUAUGAGAUCAAACAAUUUUGGACUUUUCAUAAGUUGGGUUACUGGCAAGAGUUCAUAAAUACUUUACAAAUCAAAAGCUCAUAUGACAGUAAAUCAACUUAUGAGUGUCUAAUGCUUGAAUCUAUCAAAGUAAGUGGAGUCAUAGAUAAUAGAAUAAUAAAAGAAUCAAAUUACAAUUUCAAAGAGUUCCUUGUAAACAUUUACCAUAUAAUACUGUUGAAUCCACAGCAUCAUAGCAUUAAUACUAUCUUAACAAAUAUAAUCAGUGAAAUAAUAUCUUCCAAUCGAUCAAGCAUUGCCGGAUGUAGAGAUUCGUCUGAGCUUAUUGAUCUUUUCGAGAAUUCCUCAAUAAUACUACUAGACUUCAUAAGGUUUUGGUUAGGCUUUACGUCAACGAGGGAGAUGGUAUUCAACUCAUUACAGGAUGGAAAUGAAGAUAUAUUUACUGCUGUUCUACUGUUUUGUCAAUUCAUCAACUACAAAAUCUCAAAGGUAAUUGAACUCAUGGCUGAGACUCUUGAAUAUGACACUGAUUAUGAAGUUAUAAUAAAUCGAUAUAAAUUCUUUAAGGAUUGGAUCAUUAAUAUUAUUAAGGCAAUAGAAAUCUUUAGGACUUAUUAUCUUGACAAGUAUGAAGUGAAAUUGCAAGAUAAUUCACCCCGCGAUAUCGCCAAAGCAAUCGUAGCAAUCCAAGAAGUAUCAUCAAUUAACCAAUUGGCAAAUGAUAGUUUCCAACAUUUUAUUUAUUGGCUCGUAAGACAUAACAAUGCCGAAUUGGCACGAGAAUGCUUUCUUGCCCAUUAUGGUAAGAGUUCAUGGUUUGACGAAGAGCUUGUAGAAGACAUGCGAUAUGACUUAUUUGAGGAUAUUGAAUAGAAUAAAUUUAAACAUUAUAUA